UUUUGGAACUAAAUGGUCCAAAAUAAUGGAUCAAGUAGGUCCUUACAAGUCGGUGAUAAAAUCCAAGUCUUCCAAUACUGCUAUGGCCACUAACGGUUCCAGAAAUACGACAAGUAAUACCCCACGGCGCUUGGUUAACCCCAACAAGCACAAGACUUGGAGCAGUGCAGAGUUCCAAAAUGUAGGCCUAAAAAAGCGCGGUGUCUAUGUCGAGAAACGGUCAACUAAGAUUAGUUUGGGGGCUGGCGGAAAUCCGGAGAAAGAAGAAAAAAUGACACGUGAACGCCAUACGACUGAAGCUGGAUCACGAAUAGGAACUUUACUGACCCAGUUUUCACAGGAAUACACAACGACAGCGUCUCCAGAGCGAACCAAUAUUACAACACGUCGACGAAAAAAUUGUAAAAAACAGAAAGUAGUACCAGCCGCACCCACACAUUUAUCUACUCAUCGUUUCGAACCUAUUAACAAUAGCGGUGUUAACGAAAAGCAAAAACUUAAAUUCAAAAGCAAAGUCUUAAACGAUCAAGUCAAUAAACAAUACCAACCACUAAUCGUUAUACAGGCACAAAAGGAUAUGCCCAAAACACCUUCUAAUUGCUCGGAUGCAAAAGAAUUAUUUGAAAAUUUAAAGACAUUGCCAUUUCCAAAAAUAGAUUUUAAACUUGAAGAUAUAGUACAUACAAAGGCAAACGAUAUUAUUAAAACCGCCCAAUUUAAUCGGUCGAUUUUACAAACACUUGACGAACCUAACACACUAGUCGGUGACAAUAAUAAAGAUAUAUUAUAUGACUUGUUUGUGAAACUUUUAGAAAUUUCUUUCAAAAUGUAUAAUGUAGAAACCGAUUUUAAAAACGAACAUGCUCGUUCAAACAAUGUAAUGGAAAUCGACGAACAAGUAGCUACAAAGCUUAAUGUAAAGAAAAAUCUGGAGAAAGCAGAUGCUUUCAGUGAUCUUAAAACUCCUGAGCAAUAUUUCAAUAUCAUCGAUGAAGGAAUAUAUACAUGGAAUGAUCACCGAGUCCAAGUAAUGGAAAAACAACCGCUACACAAAAAUUUGGAGCCUCCACUUGUUAACAUUCCAAAACGCAAAAAAAUGUUUUUAAGAUCUUUCUCACACGCACCCCGAAAUGAUAUCUUAGGACAUGAACGUUCGCACGUAAGCUCAAAAUAUGAACGUACGGUUACCGAACAAAAACCACAAAAGAGAAGGUUUAAAAAUUUUAGAAAUGUAUUGCUCGAUACGUUGAAAGAGGAUCUCAAAAUGGACAAAGAUGAUUUUGAAGAGCCACAAAACAUGCACGAGGCUUUGAAAAUAAUUGCAAAGAAUAAACGCAAGUGCCGCACGCAGGUACGGUUAGACAAAGGAGUUAAAUUCAAGAAAAUCGGCGAGGAUACAAAUACUGACUGUCAGUUUAAAAGAAAACGAGUUAUAUCUACUGUGACGGAAGCCAGAAAGCACAAAAAACUUACGAAAAAUUUCGUUAAAAUAAAGACUGCGAUUGAGCCUACAAAUUUUAUAUGUCAAAAGAAAUGCAGAGCCGCUCCUCAUCUUAUAAAUACUGAAUUAGAUGAAUACAAACCAAGCGAGAUAUCAGACAGACCAUCAAUUCAAUCGAUUGAAGUUAAGGGCUUUGAUUUCGAGUCCAAUACGAUCAGACAGCUGCGGGAUUUGAGAAGUAAAGAUAGCCUAUGUUCGGAUGCUACCUUCCACUGUUUGAGACAGGAAGAUAGUUCACGUUAUUUCUUGGAAACGGCGCCUACUGAUGCAACCUGUGUGGAGACUAAUAGAGCCAAUGAUAAUACACAUUCGACGGGUAAUGAGGUAAAGACGGAAGUUAAGCUCUCAACGGAAGUAAUAACUGACUGUCUUCAAUUUGAUACCGACUCAGAUGGUGAUGAUGUAUCAUUAGGUAUGGAAACUGGCAGCAAUUGCAGUUCAUCAUUUAGUGUGCGCAAUGAUUCUUUAAGCAACCUAUUGACAAAGGACAAAGUUAAAUUUUGGAAAAAGUUCAACAAAAAGAAAAUGAAAGUAGAAAAUUUAAAAUUAAAAAAAAAAGUUUGAUUUCAUUUUUGUUUUUUUAUUUAUUUGCCUUUUAUAGC